AUGCCCUUUUGCACUUUCCUGGAAACAGAACAAAAUGAUAUUUUAGCGGCAAAGGAGGGACAUGAGUUACUUUGUUGGGAAGAUCUAAGGAAGAUGAAGUACAGUUGGAGCGUAGCGUCGGAAGUUCUCGGAAUAUGGACACCAACUCGAGGAACUUUUAGGGAGGCCAUCACAGACUUCAACUACGAAGGAUACACUAUCCCUAAAGGUUCAAAGGAGACAACCGUCCAGAGUCCCUAUACGUUUGUUCCUUUUGGGGGAGGACCUCGAACGUGUCCUGGAGCUGAGUAUGCAAAGAUGGUGAUACUAGCAUUUGUGCACAAUGUGGUUACUAAAUUUAGAUGGGAAAAGAAAAUUCCUGAAGAGGGAAUCACUCAUUACCCAUCCCCGAUGCCAGCUUACCAACUUCCUCUUCACCUUUACCCUCACAAGUGUUAG